UGCCAUCCCUAGUUGGUGCGGGUGGUGCUCGUUCGCGAAAACAAAGCACCACCGCCCACGCCCGGCAAAACAAAAUCCCCAAUUCCACACUCCGAUUCCCCGAAACCCUAGUUCCCUAUCCUCGCGGCUCCUCCGGUUCAGAUUGCCCACCCUCGCCUCUGUUCCCUCCGUUGCCGGAUGCCUCCGCCCAACGCGGUCUAGUGCAGCGGGGGCCCGGUGGGCGCCGAUGGAGCCGCGCGUGGGCAACAAGUACCGCCUCGGGCGCAAGCUCGGGAGCGGCUCGUUCGGCGAGAUCUACCUCGGUACUAAUGUGCAGACCAACGAGGAGGUCGCAAUUAAGCUGGAAACUGUGAAGACAAAGCAUCCUCAGUUGCUGUAUGAGUCAAAGCUGUAUAGGAUACUGCAGGGCGGAACUGGAAUUCCAAACAUCAAGUGGUUUGGUGUUGAAGGUGACUACAAUGUUCUUGUUAUGGACCUCUUGGGGCGAAGCCUUGAAGACCUUUUCAGCUUUUGCAACAGAAAACUGUCCCUAAAGACUGUUUUGAUGCUUGCUGAUCAGAUGAUCAACCGAGUUGAAUAUGUUCAUAUAAAGUCCUUCUUGCACCGAGAUAUUAAGCCAGACAAUUUUCUCAUGGGCCUUGGGAAGAGAGCAAAUCAGGUAUACAUGAUUGAUUUUGGACUGGCAAAGAAAUACAGGGACACUUCAACACACCAGCACAUUCCAUACAGAGAGAACAAAAAUUUGACUGGGACAGCACGAUAUGCGAGUGUAAACACCCAUCUCGGAAUUGAACAAAGCAGGAGGGAUGAUCUGGAAUCUCUUGGAUAUGUACUCAUGUACUUCUUAAAAGGAAGCCUUCCCUGGCAGGGUCUAAAAGCUGGGACCAAGAAACAGAAGUAUGAGAAAAUUAGUGAAAGGAAGAUUGCUACUUCAAUUGAGGCUCUCUGUCGUGGAUACCCUACUGAAUUUAUAUCCUACUUCCAUUACUGCCGUUCGCUACGUUUUGAAGAUGUGCCUGACUAUCAAUACCUGAAGAGAUUGUUCAGAGACCUUUUUAUUCGAGAGGGAUUUCAGUUUGAUUAUGUUUUCGACUGGACCAUUCUUAAGUACCAGCAGUCACAAAUGACCAGUGCUCCACCACGUGCUAUGGCUGCAGCAGCAGGUCAAAGCUCCGGCAUGGCUCCAAUGGCAAAUAAUAAUAGACUGUCAGAGGGAAGGAGAAGUGGGUGGUCAGAUGAUCCUUUACGACGUCAGGUUCCACCUGCAGGAAUAAAUGCAGGCAGCUUGUCAAAGCAGAAAUCCCCAGUUAGACAAGAGCUAUCCACAUCAAAAGAUGCUGUGUUCUCUAGUUCGACAUUUUUGGGCCGGUCAAGCGGAUCCUUGAGGCAUCCUGCUGUUUCUAGUAGCCGAGAACUGCAAACCAGUGAAGCUGAACAGUCGUGCAGUCGUACACCAGAUGCAAGCCCGGGGGCGUUCCAAAGAAAUGCUCCCCCGCGUAGGACAUCGCAGAUGCUUGACUACUCGGAUCCCAGGCAUUCGCCGUCUGGCAAGGUCAUAUCUAACACCAAGAACUUGGAGUCUACUUUAAGGGGCAUCCAAGGCCUAAAUUUCGAUGCCAAUGAUAGGAUCCACUUCUAGUAUCUUGUGGAUCCGGCGGACGUGUAUAGUCUAUGAUCUCUUGAAGUCCAGAUGCGGAGCAAGGACAUACUUUCUGAGCACUGGAGGCUAGCUGGCAAAAUAAAGGGUUGUCUGUGUUCUUGAGCAGCUAUGACCUUAAAAUUUAAGGUGUCAUGGCUAUGUUUAAGGCUCUGUACAGGUUCUAAAUUGUUCUUAUUGUGCUAUGAGAUCUGUUUAGUAUUUGCCACAUAAUAUCACGUCUCGAGCUCUGUCAGCUGGGUCGUGCACGGUGUGCUCAUUUCUGAAUGCAAUGCCUGUUUGUGAAAGUUUGGAAAUUGUAAGUAACCUAAGCUGAUUAUUAUUCAAUUAUUUGGGAGUCA